ACAAAAAUAUCGUUAAACAAGAAAACAUUAAAUGAAAAUAAACUACCUCAGAUGUAUGAAUAUUCACAAGACACAAGCACUUUAAUGCUACCAAAUGAAAGCAAAAUGGACUUUAUGAUGGGCGUUUUAACGGGCGCCUAUGUUGUCAUCGCUGUUGUUGUAUUUUACAUUAUUUAUAUUAUAAAAGCGAAACUAGAUUUGCCCGGAGUUAUUAGUGAUCACAACAACCAAAGACUAAAUUCCAGCCAUAACAAUAAUCAGAAUGAUUUUUCCGAAAUAUCACAGGUGCGUCUGCGACAACUAAUUGAAACUAUAUUAGCUGAAACAUUACGUACACCAAUCUUAAGCUCUAGUGCGGUCUCAGAAAUUGCACUAGACACCCAUAGCAAUGCAGAAACAAUACCGUAUUCUAACGGUGAUGUCAAAAUGAACUCCCGUCGUCACCGAACCGAACACUAUUUUGAACCAAAAGCCUAUCAAGAUUUAUUGGCUACUGCUGUGCUCAACAAGGUAUGUUAUUAA